AGUGAGGUCCAAGGCUAGUGUAAAGCAUAGGAGAAACAUUUUCAAAAACUCCUAAGUGACUUAAGGGAAUAAAUCCCAUUGUAUUUCUGAAAAUGGGACCUCGGGUACAUCUAAAAGAACCCAUGGGAGCAAAUCUUAGAGCCCAUGUCAACUGGCUCAGGCUAAUGGGGCUCACGUUAUGGGGCUCAAAAUAACAGUGUAGAUGUUCCCGCUCAGGCCGAACCCCGGGCUUUGAGGAGGACAGUUUCAGAGCCCGUGCUCCAGGUUCUGGGAUUCGCUGCCAUGGGAGGGGUUUUUGCAGUGGAGAUGUACCCUUAGGCACCUAAGUCACUUAGGCACUUUGGAAAAUGUUACCAUAGAGCUGCUGAUUUUGAGUCCUUAAUCCCAAGAGAAUCCUUCAUCUAAACUGACAUAUAUAUAAAUGAUAUAUAUUAACUAAAUAUUUCCCCUCUCAGACUGUUUAAAUAUGAAUAUAGAGCACUAUGAUAAAUGAAACAAUGAAGUCACACGACUGUGACUCUUCUGGGUAAUGCUGAUUGCUAACUUGGCUCCUGACCUACUGAGAUCUGAGUAUCACUGCUCUAGGGUGUGACUUAGGAGCUUGCAGGCAAAGGACUUUCUGGGCACAAAGCCAGGGGAGGAGGGCGUCCACACCCACUGCUGGCAAACCCAUUGCUGAGCAGACGAAAGUGAAACUCACUUUGCUUCUGUUUCCUGGAGAAAGAAUCAUGGCUCAGGCUGCUCUGACUCUGACUGAAAAUCUCCAAAAUGAAGCCACUUGUCCCAUCUGCCUGGACUCUUUCAAAGAUCCAGUGAUCACCGAGUGCAGCCACAAUUUCUGUGGGGCGUGUAUCGGUGAGUACUGCAAGGAAUCAUCCGGGAACCUCUCCUGUCCUCAGUGCAGAAAGACAAUCCAGCCAAGAAACUUCAGGCCUAACAGGCAGCUGGCAAACAUGGUAGAAAUCACUGUGCGGCUUGGUGUUGAAGCAGCAAAGAAAGCGCAAGAGAUUGUGUGCGAGGAGCACAAGGAAGCUUUGAAACUCUUCUGCGAACAGGACCAGAGACCGAUCUGCCUGGUGUGCAGGGAGUCCCGGGGGCACAGGGAUCACACCCUGGCUCCCAUAGAGGAGGUGGCGCAGGCCUACAAGGAAAAGCUUCAGAGCAAUUUGUGUUUCUUACAACAAGAGAGAGAAGAAUUUGAGCCGUAUGGAGAAGAGAAAAGCGAUGAACUGCUGAGACAGACAGAAUCGGAGAGACGGAAGAUUUUGUUGGAAUUUGAGCAAUUGCAUGACUUUCUGAGUGAACAACAGUGCCUUCUUCUGGCGCAGCUGGAAGUGCUAGACAAGGAGAUUUUAAAGAGGCGGAAUGAAUAUGUAACCAAAGUUUCAGAGAAAACGUUACUACUCAACGAACUGAUCAGCGAGUUAGAAAGGAAAUGUUCCCAGCCAGUGACAGAAUUCCUGAAGGACGUUGGCAGCACCUUGAGCAGGUGCGAGUGUGUGAAAGUCCCAACUCCAGCGCCCGUUUCUCCUGUGCUGAAGAAGAGAGUCAGCGACUUCUCUGAAAAUAAUAGCCUUGUAAUGGGGGUGCUGGCUAUGUUCAAAGAGAAUCUGCGAGCUCAGCUGGAUAAAGAAAAAGUCAACGUGACUCUGGAUCCGGAAACAGCAAAUCCCCACCUCGUCCUGUCAGAGGAUGGGAAAAGCGUGAGACUUGGAGCGGGGCGGCUGGAUGUGCCUGACAAUCCCAAGAGAUUCAUGGUGAGCCCCUGUGUCCUGGGCUCUGAGGGAUUCACAACAGGGAGACACUAUUGGGAGCUGGAGGUAGGAGAUGGGGAUGGCUGGGCUGUAGGGGCUGCCAGAGAGUCUGUGGAGAGAAACGGGCCGUCAAGGCUUCAGACGGAAGGGAUCUGGGCUGUACGGCUGGGCUGGGAUUGUCAAUAUGCAGCUCUCACUUUCCCCCCGACCCCUCUCUCACUUGACAAGAAGCCCAGGAAGAUCCGAGUUCACUUGGACUAUGAAGAGGGGCAAGUGACCUUUUACAAUGCAGAGAACAUGGCCCAAAUCUUCAAUUUCUCUGCCUCUUUCAACGAGAAAAUCUUCCCUUACUUUUGGCUCUGGUCCCCAGAAUCAUGUAUCCAGAUGUGUCCCUGAUGGGUAUCAAGCUUCUUACAGUGGCUCUCACAGGAGAACUCCUGCACAGUUGCCUGCAGCUGGAAAAAGAGAGGAUUCUUUAAAAUAGCCCUAACUAAGCGAACGCUCAGACGUGACCUGCUUGUAUUUCUCAUUGCAGUAAGUUCAUCUGUACUCGUUACCCACAGCCUCGGGCUGCGUCAUCUCCUGUGUGAAUUGCCAUAAACCUGUUGGGUCUACUGGAUGUUCUCUACUGCCCCUUUAAGUGUCCAUGCCAGGUUGUCACCACAAGCGUGGUCGCUUCACUCUGCUGGCACGCUUAUGUCAGGCAGGGGUGUGAUGAGGUGUAAUUUGUGACCGACACAGCUGUGCCGGCAAAAGCCCCGAGUGUAAAUGCAGCUAUACUUUCAAUUCUGCACUUUUACCACUAGAGGUAAGGCUAAGGUUUUGUCACGGUUAUUUUUAGUAAAAGACAGGGACAGGUCUCGGGCAAUAAACAGUUACGGAAGCCUGUGACCUGUCCCUGACUUUCAUUAAAAAUAACUGUGACACAGUGGGACUGAGCCCGAGCCCUGCUGUGGGAGGGGAGGGAGGUCCAGCACCCACUGCCACUGCGGCUGACAGCUCCGGGGUCCCCCCAGUAGCUGAAAGCUGCAAUGGCCCCCUGCCCCCUGUGAUGGCUGGGAGCUCCAGGGGCCCCCCUUGGCAGCUGAGGGCUCCAGCUGGGGGUGUGGGCUCUGGGGAUGAGGAAUUUAGGGUGUAGGAGGGUGCUCUGGGCUGGGACCGAGGGGUUUGGAGGGUGGGAGGGGGAUCAGGGCUGGGGCAGGGGGUUGUGGUGCGGGGUGCAGGUUCUGGCUGGGGGUGCAGGCUCUGGGGUAGGGCUGGGGAUGAGAGGUUUGGGGUGCAGGAGGGUGCUCUGGGCUGGGAUCGAGGGGUUUGGAGGUCUGGAGGGGGAUCAGGGCUGGGACAGGGAGUUGGGGCAUGGGGAGAGGCUCAGGGGUGCAGGCUCUGGGAGGCGCUUACCUCAAGCAGCUCCUGGAAGCAGCAGCAUGUCCCUUCUCCGGCUCCUAGGUGGCGGCGCGGCCAGGCGGCUCUGCUGCAUGCUGCCCCAUCUGCAGGCACUGCCCCUGCAACUCCCAUUGGAGUGCUGGAGGGGGACCAUCCCGUAGCUUCCGGGAGCCAUGUGGCGCAGCCUCUGACCCUUCUCCCCAGCUGGAGGGGGGCCAUGCCGCUGCUGCCGGGAGCCACAUGGAACGGCCCCCGACCCUGCUCCCCAGCUGGAGUACCAGAGCGGGGCAAGCCCCAGACCCCACUCCCCAGAUGGAGCUCGAGGGCCAGCUUAAAACAGCUGCGGGCCAUAGUUUGCCCACCCCUGCUCUACAUCCAUCAGGAGGAGAAGGAAGAAGAGUCACAUGAAACUAAAGUGGUUUAGUAAAUUAAUUAUGGGGGGAAAUUUUUGGCUACUGUAAAGAUGACACCAGUAUUGUAUGUAAAGCUAAUUCUGUUGGGAGCCAGGGUAUCUCAGGGAACUAAUAAUGGACAUGGAACUCUUCAGCCUCCAUGUCACUGUCUUGAAUCACUACUGCAUCAAUAAUGUCCAGAAGUUGUUACCUGUUGAUGGCUGUUUGGUGGCCUAUGAAUUGAUGGGCCAAAUAUCCGUGGACCAGUUUCCAUCAGAGUUGGCUCUAAAGGCGAAGGACUACAGGAAGGAGAGUCUAGUGGUUGAGAUGCAAACUGAAGACCUGAGUUCAAUACUCUGCUCUGCUACAGAUUUCCUGUGUGAUUUUGGGCAAGUCACUCAGUGCCCCGUCUGUAAAACAGGCCUAAUGGUACUUCCCUGCUUCCCCAGGGGAGUUUAAGAGGAUAAAUAUAGACUCAUAGACUUUAAGGUCAGAAGGGACCAUUAUGAUCGUCUAGUCUGACGUCCUGCACAACGCAGGCCACGGAAUCUCACCCACGCACUCCUGUAACAAACCCCUGACCUAUGUCUGAGCUGUUGAAGUCCUCAAAUCGUGGUUUAAAGACUUCAAGGUGCAGAGAAUCCUCCAGCAAGUGACCUGUGCCCCACGCUGCAGAGGAAGGUGAAAACCCCCCCAGGGCCUCUGCCCAUCUACCCUGGGGGAAAAUUCCCUCCCGACCCCAAAUAUGGCGAUCAGCUAAACCCUGAGCAUGUGGGCAAGACUCACCAGCCAGACAAAGAUAUGUUCAAGAUUAUGAAGUGCUAAAAUAACAGUGAUGGGAGGCCAGAUCAAUACCUGCAAUGGAUAGAAAGACUCCAUGGGGCACAGAGAUUUAAUUACCCUUUCAGUCCAAGGUGUGGUCCCCUCAGGAGCAGGACUGAAGCAUGUCAGCAGGGCAGGGAUGGUUGGCAAUGCUUCUGCCUGUGCUAUACACACAGACUGUCAGUCUCUAGGGUCGCUAAUGGGGUUCCUUUCACAGGCCCCCAAUGCAUUCCCCAUAGUAUUUUGGACCUCCCUCUCUCCUUCUCUGCUUAUGCUUUUCAACUGGUUUGUAGCUACAGUAAAAGAAAAAAAAAACGAAA